UGAGAAUAAUUUAGAUAUUUGUUCGUAAACAGAUCUGUAUUUCUUGCCAACAAACUUUGCCAAAUACCGGUAUAAGGUUAUCUAGAUAUAUUAAAAAGACCUAUUGAACUGGCUUAUAAGGGGUUCGGUUCUGAAAUGUAAUAACCUGCCUUUCUCCUGUACAUGAAGAGCCGCUUUCCACCGGAUGCGCAGCGGUUAGCGAACUACUGAAAUCAUUACGGGACGGAACAGCAAACUGGACUUAUCUAGGAAUUUAUAGGGCACGCUUGGUAAAGCCAAAUAUUCACAGUCGGCGCAGAGCUCCGGCCGAGGUAGGGUAUUAUCACAAUUUUCUAAACCUACCGGCUAAAAUGCGUCAACACAGCGCGAGGCGUGUAACACGUGCCAUUCGACAUCGUUUUGAUCGCAUUGUGAACCAGAAUCUGGGUUUAUAGGAGACAUUGAAUAUGGCGAUUCUCCUUUUUUCGGUUGCAUGUAACUUUUUUUAUCUACACCUUUUUUAGAAGUACAUACUGGCCGUGGCGGCAGUAAUAACGAUAGUUGCUCAGAGCAACUCCAUUCUUUGCCCAUGUGAUGUCAUCUGUUCCGGCUGAUCCAAAAGGUAGUCAGCAGAUACCCAGCACCAUGUCGGUGGGUCUGGUGGGUCCAUGCCCCCCUCUCUCCCAGCUGUACCAUGAACAACUGGCCACAGGGUGUAGAGAGACUAGCAAGGUCCAGAAAACUGCUGCGGCGGGUGGAGGACCUCUGGUGACAAUGACCAUGUCUCUCAGACCAGCAGAGAGCAAAGCUAUAGAUGGUAAUCUUGGGAUGUACUCUGAUGGGAGAGAGCAACAGAUCCUGGUGGAGCACAGGCAGAGCGCUUUGGGCUCAGUCGCCAGUCUGAGAGGUCAUGUCUGUGGGACUGCUGGCGCUGCCGACUUCAGAAGAACAGAGAGACAAGUGUCAGACCAGAUCCAAGGCAUUCAAAGACCUGGCAACAAAGGCAAUGUCUGGGUUCAUCCAAAACAACUAGAUUCUACCUCCAGAGGCCCAGCCGGGGCCUCGCCUCCGCCUCAAGCCUGCCCCCCUGGCCCUGCUCCCCCGGCCGGCCCCACAAGCGAGCAGCUGGGCACCCUGGAGUGCUGUCUGGCACCCCACCAGGCAGAGAUGAAGUGGCUGUUGACGGGUACCCUGGGCUCCCUGUGCCAGCGGCUACAGGUGGUGGAGAGGAGGAUGGAGGAGCUCUGUGAGCAGGGAAAAACACACGGCAACAGCCUGGUCCUGCUCAACACCCAGGUGGGCCAGCUGGCAAGAGGGAUGACUGCCACCACCAAACAGGACUUGUCACCUCUCCAUGGUCUGGGAAAGGAACCAAGAGUGCUGAAAGAAGAAAAGUUGGACUUCACCAAGCUGUUACCACACGCUCCAAACCCUUCAUGCAAUAUGGGCUGCUCUGGAACAGACAAGGUUAGCCUCACUGGAUGUCAAUGGAGGAUGGCGACAACAUUUUCACCUAGCCACAGUCCGUCCCGGCGCGGUGACCACAAAGAGGGAUUAGGUGGGGAAAUGGAAAGGACAGAGUCAGGACACUCUGUAUCCUCUGUCGGAAAAGAGGCGGUCACAGAGGGGUGCGUACAGGGAAACUACUCCCCUGUGUCGGACUUUGAGGAUCUGGACAUGGAGCUGGCUGGCGAGAAGGGGCAGGACGCUGCCACCUUGUUGGUCAAUUCUGCCCUGGUGGAUACAGAGUCUAGUGACAGCCAGAAAGUGCCCCUUCCAUUCACUUCUCGGAAGUCACAAUCUGGGGCGUCCUGCCCCUUCUCGCCAGCCAGCUCCAUGGAGACACAUCCACGCUCUCCUCAUAUACACGUCCCCACUCAAUCCCAAGGCCAGUCCAAAAGCACUGAGGUCCCAACGUGUCCAAUUUCAGGUAAGGGUAGGACUAUGGCUGCAUUUUCUGAGAUGGUCCAUUUGAGCCCUAUAGGAGCUUGCUCUCUGUUGCCACAUUCUGUUAAAGUCGUAGGGUCAUCUAGGUCUGCGCAAACGGGCAUAAUAGCUCCUGCUCCAACUGAUUUCCAGCUAAGGAUCACCAGCCCACCUCGCACUGACCACAUGGCCUACACUCAGUCCUCCAAAGAAGCAGAGAAAGACCGGAAGCAUGAGAGGAAGAGGCGGAACAAGAGGGAAGCGAAGGCACACUCGGUUGGUGAGUUUGACUCCACUGCCGCCAUGUCCAUCAAGGGUAGCUUCUCCGCCCAAAUACAGGACCAACUGCAAGUUGGUGUGGGCAGGGAGACAGCCGAGGAGAGGCAGCAGAGUCAACAACACGAGAGGUUUGUGGAGAGUAUAAGGGUGUCGUAUGCCGGACAAGAAAAUCAGACUCUGAGAUUAACCUUACCUCCUAAUCAGCAACACUCUCCAUUGUGCCAUGCCCAGUUUAAAUCUCCAGACAGAGUAUCAUCACCAUCAGGUUCAGUCUUUGCACCGUAUUCCCGGUGCCCUCUGCCCUCUCCACCCAUGUCUGGCUACGUGGACCCUCAGAAGGGCAAACAAGUCUCAGACCGAUCCCGCCUGCCCUUCCACUCUACCAGCCCCUCUCUGGACACCUCCCUGGCCUCCAAGUUUUCCUCUCCCCGAAAUGGCUCUUCUAAAUCUCUCAUCGUUGGUGUUCGAUCCACCCACCACGAGGGCCAGUCCCUCCUGCUCCAGCUGUCGGACACAGCCAACCACCUCAUAGCCGCCAGCCCCUCCCCGGAGCUCCCCUCACCCCCGGAUGGUGGUCAAAGCAGACGGGGGAACCUCCCGCACUUCUUCAACUUCAAGCUCAAGCACCACUGGGAUAAGGACCGGCCCUCCUGUAAGAAGCGGCCGCUAAAAGGCAUCAGCAGCACUGGUGGCGCUCUAGCCAUGACUCUCCCGGAGCUGCAGGAGGAGAUGUCGCAGCACCACUGGCAGCCACUGGUGAUUCUGGGCAGCUCAGUCUUGCUUCUGUCCCCCCUGCAGCUGGGGCCCCUAGCCCAGACCUUCUCGCGCUGCUGCAGCAAACCCCUGAACGGAGACCCCUCCACUCUGCAGCGGGGUCUCUCCCGCCUUCUCCGCGCCACAGGCCAGUUCCCCAUGUCCCUCUUCAGCCAGAUGGGCUUCUCGAAGUUCUCCAAGUGGGGUCUGAGCACUGUGCUGGCCGCCUCCUCCCCCGCCUCCUUCCGCCACUGGUUCAGACACAAGCACCCCGCGCCCCUCAUGAGACUGUCGGCCACGGAGAAGACUGUGGUGUGUCAGAUCAUGGAGUCGCGGAAGAAGUACAUGUAUCUUCCCCUGCUGCCCCUCAAGGACUACACUGGCCCUCCUGGCCUGGGCAAUGACAACAGCAGCACAACUCUCACCUCUCCACCUACACGACGAGGUAGGGUCAGACUCACCCCAGAGCGUGCCCUUUCCAACCCCAGAACCAGCCAUGGGCAAAGCCCCAAGACCAUGCGUCUGGAUAACCAGCCUGAGCCUGUACCCAGUCUUGCCAUCGCUAGUGCCAAUGUCAAAUAUCCCGGUCUGCAUGGUCAUGGCUGCAGCUCAUCCAGAGAGGGAGGUCUGUAUGAGGCGGGUGUGGGAGCCCAGCCAGGCCAGCGCUCCAAGAGGGUAUCCCAGAUCCGCAUUCGGAAGACUGUUCCCAAACCAGACAACAACCUCACUCCCAUGGGCCUGCCCAAACCAAAGAGGCUGAAGAAGAAGGAGUUCAGCUUGGAGGAGAUUUACACCAACAAGAAUUAUAAAUCACCCACUCCCAACAGGAGCCUAGAGACCAUCUUCGAGGAGCCCAAGGAGAAGAAUGGAUCGCUGGUCUGCAUCGGCCACCAGAAGAGGAAGCGCGUGCUGGACUUCCCAGACUUUACACUGCCGCGCAAACGUAAAGCCCGGGCCAACCUGCCGCCCCUGCGUGUGAAGGGCCCCAGGGGCAGGGGCCGGAGGGAGAGGCCCGACGAUGCCGACCUGGACAUUAUGCUCAUCGAGAGGCUGAGCGAGCUGGAGGACUUCUUCACCUGCCAAGGCCUGGAGGACUGAGCAGUCCCACAAUACCCCCUCCUUCACAUCCAAAUAAACAGGCUGUGUCCCAAAUGGCACCCUAUUCAGCAUAUAGUGCUCUACUUUUGACCCAAGCCCACCGGAUCAAAAGUAGUACAUUAUAUAGGGUGUCAUUUGUGACAUGCAUUGCACAGUUGCUCAUUCUCUGUUUUUGGAGAGUUUUGUUUUGUAAAUGCAUUGGGAUUAUGAAACAGGAUUCUGUUUUAAAUUAUUAGUUAGUGUGUACAGAGAUUUUUUUAUGAUCGUGUUAAGUUUUGUUACGUAGGGGCACUUGAAAUGCCCAGCCAUUCAGAUUACUUGUUUUAUAACUGCUAGCAUUUGAAUUGCUAGAAAGAGAAAGUUAAAGCUGAGAUCCGCGAUAGGCAAACAGCGCCACUGGCCACCCCAGGCGCAUUUGUUUUUGUUUUGAGGAAAUUAGCAUUCAGCAUAGUUAAAAAAUAAAAGAAUAGAACAUACUCUGCUGUUCUACCGUGCAUGCAAUGAUGUCCGGGGGGGACAAAGCAGUGUUCGUUGUUUGAAGUAAAGUCUUUGUUAUUGAAAUAUCGCAAACGGAUGUGGCAGCUUCACCGCUAUGGAUUCCAGCUUUAAUGCGUGCCUUUGUGGAAAUGUAAACUAAAUCCAGCAAAGAUAUGAUUUUGAUGAUAGACAAUGAAUAGUGGUUGAAGGAUAUUUUCUUCUUAGGAACUAUAAUUGAAACUGAUAACUGAGAACACUGAUACCUAAAUGUGUGCGUUCGUUCACACACAUGCACUCACGUGCACAAGCACAUGGACGACAAGUUCACCAACCCAUACCUGAGCACUUUCCUUCUUACCUUGUUCAGACCAUGUGACCUGUACUGGAAAAACUUUGGGCUCUAGUUAAGGCCCAGAAUCUUUCUUAGUCAGGUGGUCACAUGGUCAGGAAAAAGUAUUGUCCCUAACCAUUUUCCAUUGGAUGGGGGUGUUUGAGGAUUACAAGUCAUGUGCACUAAGGGGUCUGUGCUUCUAGAACAGUGAGUGUGUGCCUGUAGUUAUUUUCCAAAUUCCUAUUGCUGCUACACCCCCUACCUAGUAUAUUGCUAAAUUAUAUUAUAGAUGUUGUCUUAAAGUUCAGAACAGAAGUUUUAUUUUUUAAACCACAUGAUCCAUAGUCAUAAACAGUGCAUUCGGAAAGUAUUCAGACCCCUUCCCUUUUU